AUGGGUAAUUAUAAGUCACGUCCACCAUCUUCAUGCGCAGAUGAAUUAAAGAAAAAAAUUAGUGAAGGCUAUGCGGUGGUACGAUCGAGGCUCAAUGAUGAUAUUAAACCACGUUUUGAUGCUUGGAAUAUGCUGCAAAAUGCAUGCUUUCAAGGUACACUAAAAACGUUGGAAGAAUCGUUGAAAAGUUUAAAAAAUCUGGAUGAACGCACUGAAGACCAUCAGUUGUCAUUAUUGCAUCUCAUCUGUGCUGGACAUUCGGAACAGCAAUCUGAAAAGGUUGCCAUUCUAUUUGAAGCAUGUGGUGAUGAUGAUAUGAAAAAGGAAUCACUUCUCAAACAUCUCUCAAAAAAUGGCUUUUCUGCUCUUCAUUUCGUUGUCUACAAGGAUGAAAUUGAAACAAUGGAAAAGCUAUUAGCAGCUGGAGCAAAUGUUGAUUUCUCCGGUCGCAACAAAUUACCACCACUUCAUCUGGCUGUAAUGUGUGGUAAUAUUGAGAUGGUAGAAAAGCUGAUCGAUCGAGGUGCUUCAUUACAAAUUGCUGACUUUGUAAAUUUCACUCCACUUCAUUGUGCCACUUAUUUUGCUCAUGAAAAGAUAGUACGUUUGCUUAUGAGACGUGGAGCUGAUCCAAAUGCUUGUGGUGGAGUACGAGAUCGACCUUUGCAUCUGGCCAGCAAUAAAGGCCAAAUCAGUAUUGUUUCUGCACUUCUAGAAGCUGAUGCCGAUCCAACUCUGACCGAUGAUGAGGGCAAUACGUCAUUACACUUCGCUGCUAAAACAGGUCACGUUGGAAUUAUUGACUUAUUACUCCUAAAAAUUGGUGCUGGACAUCAAGAAUUAGCUUUAAAAACCAAUAUUUACGGUGAUACACCGCUUCAUACAGCUUGUUAUGCAGGACGGUUGGAUGCAGUAAAACGAUUGUUAGAUUUCGGUGGAUCUAUAACUCUGAAUAUGGAAAAUGUUUUCUCCGAAACACCUCUACAUGCAGCUUGUACAAAUGGUAGGAAUUUGGAAUUGGUAGCUUUUUUGUUGAAACAACCUGGUGUAGAUGCCAAUUUUCAAGGACAGGAUGGUCAUACUGCUCUGCACAGCGCAUGUUAUCAUGGACAUUUACGAUUUGUGCAAUUUCUCCUAGAUAAUGGUGCAGAUCAAUCAUUAACUGCUCGAGCUGUUGAUUAUUCACUCUUGCCAAGUGAAACAUUAAGUGGCAAUACACCAGUAUCAUCAACUAUAGUUCAAACGAUGCUUUCAUUGUCUAAAGAAUCCGCAAGUUCAGUUACAGCUGGUAGUUCAUCCGUCUCAUCUGCUAGUCUCAACGAUGAUCAGCAGCAAACACCUAUUAUCUGGGCAUAUGAAAAGGGUCACGAUCAGAUUGUAGCCUUACUUAAGUAUUAUGCAAACAAACGUCCAGAUUCUGAUGUUUGUUCUGAAUAUAGUUCUGGCGAAAGCAGCUAUACACCACUUCCUAGUCCACUUGGUCGUUUACGGUCAGUGACAAAAGAAAAAGCUGAAAUAUUGCAAUUAAGAGCUUCACUCUGCAGUCAGUUCCAUCUUUCAUUAACAGAUGUUGAUUUUCAGGAAGCUAUCGGUAGUGGUUCAUUCGGGAAAGUUUAUAAGGGUACGUAUCGCGGCAAAAUAGUAGCUAUCAAAAGAUACCGCGCAGUAGCAUUUGGUUCCAAGAGUGAAGUUGAUAUGUUCUGUCGUGAAGUAUCAAUUUUAAGUAAACUGCAACAUCCUAAUGUAAUUAAUUUUGUUGGUGCAUGCUUGGAUGAUCCAAGUCAGUUUGCAAUCAUUACAGAAUUUCUUGUUAAUGGAUCCUUAUUUUCUUUGCUACAUGAACAGAAACGGGUUCUGGAAAUGGCUUUGCGUUUAAAUAUAGGAAUUGAUGUCGCACGUGGGAUGCGAUAUCUGCAUGAGCUUGCUAAACGACCGGUGAUUCAUCGAGAUCUCAAUUCUCAUAAUAUCCUUCUUCAUGAAGAUGGACAUGCAGUAGUGGCCGAUUUCGGUGAAUCACGCUUUAUGGCACAACAUGACGAUGAAAAUAUGACUAAACAACCGGGCAAUCUUCGAUGGAUGGCACCUGAAAUUUUUACUCAGUGCGGUCGAUAUGAUCGAAAAGCAGAUGUAUUCAGUUAUGCAUUAUGCAUUUGGGAGCUUCAUGCUGCAGAGCUACCGUUCGCUCACUUAAAACCCGCUGCUGCUGCGGCUGAGAUGGCUUAUAAACGAGGUCGUCCACCUUUACCUCCACAUCCAACUGUUCAGUUCCCAGCUCAUAUUCUAUACAUGAUAACAUCAGCAUGGCAUCAUGAUCCGAAAUCGAGACCUGCUUUUGCUGAUAUUCUACCAAACAUAGAAAAAUAUGCAUCACCAGUUAAGUCACCUAAUGGAGUGCCUCCUAGUAAUACAGCAGACUGCGGUUUGUUAUCAGUUUCAAAACUCAAGAAUCACUGGGAGCGUAAAGGAAUACCGCAAGAGUCAACACAGCAUUCCAGUGCUAUCACAUUUUCCACUUCAUCUAGCGGAAUAGUUUCAUCUUCUUCAACAUCAUCAAUUUUAUCAUCAUUAUCAACAUCAACCAAAACUAUCGAUGAACUUCGACAACGGCUUGAUCGUAAUGGAUAUGUUUUACAGCCAGUUAUUGCUGUUGAUAAUACUUCCAUAUCAUGA